CUGCCCGCCGCAGCUCUCAGGCCCGAGGUGCGGCGCUCACCCUGGCAGUCCCCAGCCCGUGACGCUGCGUUGAGCCGAGCUCAGAGGAGGCGAGGGGCACUCGCGCUGCCGCCCCCGCCUCGCGCACCCUGCGCCCCACUUCCAGGGCAGCCACUUGGAAACAGCCCCCUUGCCUCUCCCAGCGCUGUCCCAGGCAGGCUGGGAAGCGAGCGGCCGACAAGUUUGGGCGCGCGCGGGCGGCGGGCCGCUGGCACCGUGCGCCCCGGGAGGGGCGGCCGCCGCUCCAGGCUCGGCGUCCCGGGCGCACUUUGGCUAUGGAUUCUCCCGUGCGACGGCGGCUGCACCUUCGCUCCCGCCGCCUCCUGCUUCUUGUCUCCGGACUCCUACUGCCUCUCUGCGGCGCCUUCAACCUAGAUGUGGACAGUCCCGCCGAGUACUCUGGCCCGGAGGGAAGUUACUUCGGCUUCGCGGUAGAUUUCUUCGUGCCCAGCGCGUCUUCUAGGAUGUUUCUUCUGGUGGGAGCUCCCAAAGCAAACACUACCCAGCCUGGGAUUGUAGAAGGAGGGCAAGUACUCAAAUGUGACUGGUCUUCUAGCCGCCGGUGCCAACCAAUUGAAUUUGAUGCAACAGGCAACAGAGAUUAUGCCAAGGAUGAUCCAUUGGAGUUUAAAUCGCACCAGUGGUUUGGAGCAUCUGUGAGGUCAAAACAGGAUAAAAUUUUGGCCUGUGCUCCCUUGUACCACUGGAGGACUGAGCUGAAACAGGAGAGAGAGCCUGUUGGAACUUGCUUUCUUCAAGAUGGAACAAAGACUGUUGAGUAUGCUCCAUGCAGGUCAAAAAAUAUUGAUGCUGAUGGACAGGGAUUUUGUCAAGGAGGAUUCAGCAUUGAUUUUACUAAAGCUGACAGAGUACUUCUUGGUGGUCCCGGUAGUUUUUAUUGGCAAGGUCAGCUUAUCUCGGAUCAAGUGGCAGAAAUUGUAUCUAAAUAUGACCCCAAAGUUUAUAGCAUCAAGUAUAAUAAUCAGUUAGCCACUCGGACUGCACAAGCAAUUUUUGAUGACAGUUAUUUGGGUUACUCAGUGGCUGUCGGAGAUUUCAACGGUGAUGGCAUAGAUGACUUUGUUUCGGGAGUUCCAAGAGCAGCAAGGACUCUGGGCAUGGUUUAUAUUUAUGAUGGGAAAAACAUGUCCUCCUUGCACAAUUUUACUGGUGAGCAGAUGGCUGCAUAUUUCGGAUUUUCUGUCGCUGCCACUGACAUUAAUGGGGAUGAUUAUGCAGAUGUGUUUAUUGGAGCACCACUUUUCAUGGAUCGAGGCUCUGAUGGCAAACUCCAAGAGGUGGGGCAGGUCUCCGUGUCUCUGCAGAAAGCUUCCGGAGAAUUCCAGACUACAAAACUGAACGGGUUUGAGGUCUUUGCACGGUUUGGCAGUGCCAUAGCUCCUUUGGGAGAUCUGGACCAGGAUGGCUUCAAUGAUAUUGCAAUUGCUGCUCCCUAUGGGGGUGAAGAUAAAAAAGGAAUUGUUUAUAUUUUCAAUGGAAGAUCAACAGGCUUGAACACAGUGCCAUCUCAGAUCCUCGAAGGGCAGUGGGCUGCACAGAGCAUGCCACCAAGCUUUGGCUAUUCCAUGAAGGGAGCCACAGACAUAGACAAGAAUGGAUAUCCAGACUUAAUUGUAGGAGCUUUUGGUGUAGAUCGAGCUGUGUUAUACAGGGCCAGACCUGUUAUCACCGUAAAUGCUGGCCUUGAAGUAUAUCCUAGCAUUUUAAAUCAAGACAAUAAAACCUGCCCAUUGCCUGGGACAGCUCUCAAAGUUUCCUGUUUUAAUGUCAGGUUCUGUUUAAAGGCAGAUGGCAAAGGAGCACUUCCAAGGAAACUUAACUUCCAGGUGGAGCUUCUUUUGGAUAAACUCAAGCAAAAGGGAGCAAUUCGGCGAGCACUGUUUCUCCAUAGCAGGUCCCCGGGUCACUCCAAGAACAUGACAAUUUCUAGAGGGGGACAGAUGCAGUGUGAAGAGCUGAUAGCAUAUCUGCGGGAUGAAUCUGAAUUUAGAGACAAACUUACUCCAAUUACUAUUUUUAUGGAGUAUCGGUUGGAUUAUAGAACGGCCGCUGAUGCCACAGGCUUGCGUCCCAUCCUGAACCAGUUCACCCCUGCUAACCUCAGUCGACAGGCUCAUAUUCUACUUGACUGUGGUGAAGACAAUGUCUGUAAACCCAAACUAGAAGUUUCUGUAAAUAGUGAUCAAAAGAAGAUCUAUAUUGGAGACGACAACCCUCUCACAUUGAUUGUUAAGGCUCAGAAUCAAGGAGAAGGUGCCUAUGAAGCUGAGCUCAUCAUUUCCAUGCCACCGCAGGCUGAUUUCAUUGGGGUUGUCCGAAACAGUGAAGACUUAGCAAGACUUUCCUGUGCAUUUAAGACAGAAAACCAAACCCGCCAAGUGGUAUGUGACCUGGGGAACCCAAUGAAGGCUGGAACUCAACUCUUAGCUGGUCUUCGAUUCAGUGUUCACCAGCAAUCAGAGAUGGAUACUUCUGUGAAAUUUGAUUUACAAAUCCAAAGCUCUAAUCUUUUUGACAAAGUAAGCCCAGUUGUAUCUUACAGAGUUGACCUUGCUGUUAUAGCUGCUGUUGAGAUAAGAGGAGUCUCAAGUCCUGAUCAUAUCUUUCUUCCGAUUCCAAAUUGGGAGCACAAGGAGAACCCUGAGACUGAAGAAGAUGUUGGACCAGUUGUUCAGCACAUUUAUGAGCUGAGAAACAAUGGUCCCAGUUCAUUCAGCAAAGCCAUGCUAAAUCUUCAGUGGCCUUAUAAAUAUAACAACAACACUUUGUUGUACAUCCUUCAUUAUGACAUCGAUGGGCCAAUGAACUGUACUUCAGAUAUGGAGAUCAACCCUUUGAGAAUCAAGAUCUCAUCUUUGCAAACAGCUGAGAAGAAUGACACAAUUGCUGGGCAAGGUGACCGGAACCAUCUCAUCACAAAGCGAGAUCUCGCCCUUAGUGAAGGAGAUGUUCACACUUUGGGUUGUGGAAUUGCUCAGUGCUUGAGGAUUGUCUGCCAGGUUGGGCGACUAGACAGAGGCAAGAGUGCAAUCCUGUAUGUAAAGUCUUUACUGUGGACUGAGACCUUUAUGAAUAAGGAAAACCAGAAUCAUUCAUAUUCUCUGAAGUCAUCUGCUUCAUUUAAUGUCAUAGAGUUUCCUUACAAAAACCUUCCAAUUGAGGAUAUCUUCAACUCUACAUUAGUUACCACUAAUGUCACCUGGGGCAUCCAGCCAGCCCCCAUGCCUGUGCCUGUGUGGGUGAUCAUUUUAGCAGUUCUGGCAGGAUUGCUGUUGCUGGCUGUCUUAGUUUUCGUAAUGUACAGGAUGGGCUUUUUUAAACGUGUUCGGCCACCUCAAGAAGAACAGGAAAGGGAACAGCUUCAACCUCAUGAAAAUGGUGAAGGAAACUCAGAAACUUAACUGUGAUUUUUAAGUUAUACUGCAUUCCAGAUCACUAGAAUUACCAGAUUGAUUGUAGAGUUCAAUUUCCUUCAUGAGGAAUAAAAUUAUAAGACUUCUGCUGAAGGUACUCAGUGACUUCCGUCUAACCACAAAAUUGAGAGCAAUAUUUGUUGGCCUUCUCUUUAUAAGUAAGUUCAGACAGGUUAAUACACAUACAUUGCCCUAGAUAUUUAAAUAAUAAAAUUUCACAUGAUGGUUUUUAUUCAAUGUACAUAACACAGGUGGUGCCUCAGUUACUACUUUAUAUAAAAUAGUAUCUAUUACAAUUUUCAUUUCUGAUUUAGUAUUUUGGGUUUUGCUGUUUAUUGUUGUUGUUUUAAAGCAAUCUAAAUUUGGACCUUAGCAUUCACAUUUUUGUUUUUGUACAGGUACUUAAUACAUAUUACACUACAGUUGACUUGUAAAGCUACUAAAAGCUUUGUAAUUACCUGAACUUGGAUUUUAAUAUCUGUUACAUAGAACUUUUUAAAAAAUUAAUGAUACCACCAGAAUUAUUUCCUGGAAACUGGGUGUUUAGGUUUAGCUCAGUGGUUGCGCAUGUGCUUAGCAUGUGUGAGGCCUUGAGUUUAAUCCCCAGCCCUGGGGAGAAGUUUUUUCUGUAAUAAUAAUGGUACAAUGUUUUAAUAUGAAAAUUGGGUACAUGUGAUUAAUUUUUAUUUAUAUUUAAUCCUUAAUCUGUUUUAUUACUUUAAUUUGUAUAGUUUAAGUCCUACAAGAAAUCCUUUAAGCCAACCUAUAUAAAAAUGUAGUCUGUAUUCAAAAAUACCUUUUUGUGUAUGUAAUAGUGUAAUUUCAGCUCAAUAUCCGGAUGGUUAAAGCCAUACGAAGUUGGAAAUCAUUUCCAAAGCACAUCUAUCCCAUUGUUUUCAUCUGGCUAUUUACAAUACACUUAAAGAAAGCAUUUUAAUUGAAAGACUAUUACUUUAUUAAUAGUACGUUCUUAGAUUAGAGUGGAGUCUUUAGUUAUUAAUUUAUUUUCCUCCUAUAUAUGUAUUUUUCCUUGUAUUUCUAAAAUUGUUGCAAUAACGGGUCAAGAUCAUUUUCAUUACAGACAGGAACCUGAAUCCCCAUUCCCACCCCAUGAGAAAUGCAUGAGAUCAAAACUCUCCAGGUAGCUCCAUGGUUUACUUCUAGCAGUAGCAUGACGCUACUCCCAUGGGUGGUUCCUCAGUUUAAUCAAGGUAAUGUGCAAAACCAGUCUCAGUUAUCAGAAUAACUACAAAAAGGUAUUUUUAUAAGCUGUUCAACUUAUUGAAAACCUUUUAAAUUUUUUUUUAAUUGAAAACCUUUUAAAGCUUUCUAAAGUUUUUUCUUUUUUAACAGAAAUUACUUUUUUAAUAAAAGCAGCAUAGGCAGCAAAUUGUAGUUUUAUAUGCCUGCAGGGUGAUGAAUCUUCUGGUGGAAUGUAUGAUUUAUUCACAGUUCCUCAAGGCCUAGGGAUGACUUUUAAUUAUCCCUAUUUUGUGCAAUUACAUCAUGUUGUACUCAAGAAAUUAAGACUUUAGUAGCUUUUUAACUGCUGUCCUCAUUAGGCAAUGAUAAAUAUUUCCCUUAAAUAAUUGACUAUUUUUUUCUGUAUUUUAAAAAUAAUUGCAAUUUAUCUUGCCAUAUUGUGUUAUAUAAGCACAAGUGGAUGACCUGAACUGGAGAAUAUAUUCACAAAGUAGAACCACAUUUAGAUGCAAGUUAGAACACAGAAAAAACCUUAUAUUUAGCUUUAGUGAGUUUUAAAAUUAAUGGGUUUUGGAAUGUAGAAUUUAUUAGUAGCUUGAAAGAUCUCAAUCAUAUGCAAUAAGUAUUUUUAUUGCCAAUAAAUUUAAAUUCUUUUAAGAAAAAAAUAUUUUUAUCCUAGGGCCAAGUGUUGCCUACCACCAAGCAGUCACUAAGUUGGUCUAUAGCAACUUUUUCCAUAUCUGUUUUUCCAUCUAAGAGCUGUCAUUCAUAAAAAUAUACUUUGAAUAGAAAUUCAUUCUUCAGUAGGUAUUAGUAUUUGCUUUCAUUUAGUCUUUUCCUUUUAUGAACUCUAUCUCAAGGAAUUUCUAUUGGAGAUUGAAAAAUGCUGUAGUUGGAAAUUAACAAGAUGUUUUAAAUUGCUUUUAUGAAAUGUAGUGUUAGGUAAUAGUAUGGAUUUUCUUUCAAAAAUGAACACAUAUAUCUCUACAAAAAUAUGGAGUAUAAUUUGAAAGUCUAUUCUGAGGAAAAUGUUGGGAUUAUUACCCUAAAGUGGCACAUGAGUAUAUUUUUUUUUAUUUUUUUAUUGGUUGUUCAAAACAUUACAAAGCUCAUGAUAUAUCAUCUUUCAUACAUUUGACUCAAUUGGGUUAUGAAUUCCCAUUUUUACCCCAAAUACAAAUUGCAGAAUCACAUCGGUUACACACUCACAUUUUUACAUAAUGGCAUAUUAGUGACUGUUGUAUUCUGCUACCUUUCCUUGUAUAUUUGACUAAAUAAUAAUAAAAAAAUAGUUCUAUGGAAUCUAUUUUAGUUGUCAAACAUUUCAAGUACUACCGUAUUUGUGAUUUAUUGAAAAUUAAAAUUAAUUUCAAAGUAGAAAAUUCUCAUUAAUCUGAGAAUUUUUAAAAAACGAGUUAGAAGAUAUUAAAACCAUUUGCCAUAGUUGAGAAAUAUUGAUGCUGAUAUUGGUUUCUUUUUUAGGGUAUUUAUUUUGGAAUUGGUAUUUUAAGAAAAUUUGUGUGAGGGUCACUUUUUUCAUUUUCCUUUCUUUUAUGAUCAAUUAUCAUAAAUUCCGAUCAAUUCUUUGUCAUUGUAAAAGGUAAACAAAUUAGAAUGUCAUUGCCACAGUUAUGCCUGUGUUAUGAAAUUACUUAUUCAUAAUUAAUUCUCGUGAAUAUCAUAUUUAUACUUAUAUAAAGAGAAAAUCCAAGUGUUGAUAAAAGAGAGUUUACUGGCUUCUUUAAGAGAGCUGAGAAAGAUUUUGAUAUUGAAUCAUGACCCUAAGAAGAGAUUUUUUGGGGCACCUUUAUAGUAUAUAGCAAAUCAGCUAGUUUUUGUAAAGCAAACAGAAUGUGAAGUUGAUAUACGUUACUAUGUUGAUGAGCCAGAUGGACAAGAAGAGGUUGUUGUUAUACCUGUGGUGUGGCCAUUGCCUAUCUCAGUGUCAGGUUGUUUGUACUCUUGGAUAACUUUCAUAUGUAGUAAUUUGAUAAAUAACAACAAAAAAAAUCUGAUAAAUUAAUUAUGGGAUCCAAAAAGUAAAUGAAAUUAAUUAAUAUAUCUGUGCUUUGGAAAAAUUUCCUUUUAACUUGUCGAAUGAUGAGUUUGAACAAUGAACUUUUGGAUGUGCAGCAUGGAAUAUGUUCUUGUAUUUUGUUGUAAUUUCUGAUACCUAAUGAACUUCUUGGAAAAGGUGUUGAAUCUUUGGUGGUUUUCGUUGUCAUUGUUAUCAAGUGCAAUAUAACAAUGUAACCAAACCUAGCUAAUAUCAAAUUUAUCAUUAAUUUAGUAAGCCUAAAGAACAGAGAUUUAGUAGUAUUUCUGUUAGUGGGAAAGAAUGUUUCUGCUGUGGAUGUACAAAGAAGUUGUUUGCCCUUAAACACUCCAUUCUAUGGUUUAUUUCAGGCUGAAUAUGAACUGUUCCUUACCAGCUUUGAAACACUUUGAAAUAUCUUAAGGUAACUUGGAAGCUGUAUAUAUCAAAAUAAUUUGCUACCUAAGUAACACAGAAAGUAAUCAUCUUUAUUUAGCUUCUCUUGUGAUCACCCACAUUGGGUGAGACAUGAAAUGAGUUUUUUCCUCAAAUCUGUCAUUUGCUAACUUGGUUUGAGUUAGUGAAAGCUGAUACAGUGUUCUGCUUAGUUUCCCAUGUGUAACUUGUGACUGUACAAUAAACUUGAGCAUAUGGUGCCA